UAUUUUGACUGCAUGGCAGUCUUUCAGAAGUGCUCUGGUUGCCACUCCCCUUUUCUGCUUUCUCUUCUGUUUUUUUUUCGCAUUACCUCCCUUCUAUGAGCUGGUCUCUGUUUAAGAUCUUCUGGACGUGGAUUUGGGGCGAGUGGAAUACCUUUGCAAAGCAGUUGGAGCCAUGGGGCAGGCGGAGGAGCUGCUCAGAAUGGGGAGAAAGUUAGGGAAGAUGGUCUCUCAGAAGAACACGGAAGGAGCCCUUGACCUGUUGAAAAAACUGAAUAACUACACAAUGACCAUCCAGCUGCUACAGACCUCCAGGAUUGGCGUGGCUGUCAACACAGUCCGGAAGCACUGCUCCAAUGAGGAGGUGGUGGCUUUGGCAAAAAUACUCAUCAAGAACUGGAAAAAGUUAUUGGAGUCAUCUGGCACCCAGAAGAGUAAGAAGGAGAAAGAAAAAGGUAAAAGACUCAACAUCCCUGGCUGCAAGUCUGAAGAUGACAUUUCUGUGAAACUCUCCAAAGGUUCUGAAAUACAUGAAAAAGACAGGAGACCCUCCACAUGCUCCAGCCCAGCUGCUUCUCCUACUGGAUCUUGGAAAAACUCCACAAGUGGAAAAGAGGAAAGAUCCAACAGCAAACCAAUCCCAGAUGGACCCAAGACACCCACCAGCCCCAUCUCCCCGGUGUUUGGCUCUUCUGCCACCUUUUUCCCACCCUGCUAUCUGACAGGGGACUCCGUCCGAGACAAGUGCAUCGAGAUGGUCUCUGCGGCGUUGAAAAUGGACGACGAUUACAAGGAAUUUGGAGUUAUCUGUGACAAGAUGGCAGCUGAAAUUGAAGAUCAUAUCUACCAGGAACUGAAAGGCACCGAUAUGAAAUACCGUAAUCGUGUGAGGAGCAGAAUCAGCAACCUGAAGGAUCCCAAGAACCCCAGCUUGCGCAGAAACGUGUUAAGUGGAGCCAUACCACCCAGCCUCAUCGCCAAGAUGACUGCAGAAGAAAUGGCAAGUGAUGAACUGAAGGAGCUAAGGAAUACCAUGACCCAAGAAGCCAUUCGGGAACAUCAGAUGGCAAAGACAGGUGGCACCACAACAGAUCUUUUCCAGUGUGGUAAAUGCAAGAAGAAGAAUUGCACAUAUAAUCAGGUGCAAACGCGGAGUGCUGAUGAGCCCAUGACAACAUUUGUUCUGUGCAAUGAAUGUGGGAACCGGUGGAAGUUCUGCUGAUGCGCUUUUCGUUUCUGUACAUGCCACUGGUGAUGAAGAUGCUGGCCUGUCCCCACAAAGAGAGGGGAGAAGUUUUGACUGACCACUGCAGAAAUGGAAAAUCCUGAACAAUGAAGGUGCUGGAGUUUCGACCCGUAACCAUCCAGAUUCUGACAAAUGCAAUAGGAGUGAAUUCACUAGUUAGAGACAUUGAGUUUGGGGACCGGGGAGGGGGGAAUUCAGGUAGUGGUAUGACAUGUUGAUAAGACAGUAUACCAUCUCAUGACCAUCUCAUUCAAGCACAGAUUCCAGCAACCUUAGAAUCUUUACUUUCCUAUUUUUUUUAAAAAAAAUAAUAAUAAUAGGGUUCCUAUUAUUUCAGCUUGCAAAGAUAGACUUGAAGUGCUCUGGGCAGUAUUUUAAAGAAAUCCUCAAUGCAGAGGUAGGGCUGAUCAGGAUUUGUUAAGUCUUUGCACUGUGCAAUUUCCAUGCCUUCCAAUGCUGUAUGCCACGCUGGUCACUAACUGUAGUCAAAGGAGAUCACAAAAGUUCUGAUUUUCUCGUAGCUUUUCUUGUAAAAAAAAUAUAUUUCAGAGGAGAUAUAUCUUCCACUCUUAAUGACGCAGCCCACUUUUGUGCCUCUGUUUUAUACAUAACGUGCUGUCAGAGCAUGACAUCCAUUUGAAGACUUAUUGGAGGAGUCAGUUAUUAGAUGUAAGAGAACAGAGUACGUAAUACUAUCAUCUGGUUCAAUUGUACGAUCAGUGUGUGUUCAAGGGUGACCUGGGUGUUCCCCCCCCCCCCGCCUCCAAGAAUAUCUGAAGUGUCCUUAACACCUUUUCUCAGCAGGCACCAAACUUACAGAAACAACAUGUUAAAUGAUAUGUCGCCGCUAGUAAUCCUGUACAAUAGUAAAUCCUGAAUUUUCGUGA